CACCUAAAUUUCCUCGAAAUCCUAAAAAUUGCAAUCCCCCUCACCAAAUCUAAAUCCUUCUAAUUCCCUUUCUUUCUCCAUUGGUUUUCCCUCCCUCCCUCCCUCCCUUCAACCCUCUUUGGAAGCUCAAAAACCCAACAAUUAGUCCAUAUAUAGUUGGUGUAAAUCCAAUAAUCAUGGGCAAUUGUUGCUCCGGCAGCAAUGGGGAUGCCCCUGACACUGAGAAACCCCCAUCAGCGAAGGGGAAUGCCGAUAAGUCGUCGAACAAGGCGACCCCGGAGCACCCUCCUGCUAGCUCCAAGCCCGCCAAGCAGUCCCCCAUUGGGCCGGUCCUUGGACGGCCCAUGGAGGACAUCAAAGCCACGUACUCGAUCGGGAAGGAGCUUGGGAGGGGCCAGUUCGGGGUGACCCAUCUUUGCACACAUAAGGCCACAGGCGAGCAGUUCGCCUGCAAGACCAUCGCCAAGAGGAAGCUCGUCAACAAGGAGGACAUCGAGGACGUGAAGCGGGAGGUCCAGAUCAUGCACCAUCUCACAGGCCAGCCCAACAUCGUCGAGCUUAAGGGGGCCUACGAAGACAAGCACUCGGUGCACCUCGUCAUGGAGCUCUGUGCCGGCGGGGAGCUCUUCGACCGCAUUAUCGCCAAGGGCCAUUACACGGAGCGGGCGGCUGCGUCCCUGCUACGGACGAUCGUCCAGAUCGUGCACACGUGCCAUUCCAUGGGUGUCAUCCACCGCGACCUCAAGCCUGAGAACUUCCUCUUGUUGAACAAGGACGAGAAUUCGCCGCUCAAGGCCACCGACUUUGGCCUCUCCGUGUUCUUCAAGCCAGGGGAUGUAUUUAGUGAUAUCGUCGGGAGUGCAUACUACAUUGCCCCUGAAGUCUUGAAGAGGCGAUACGGACCCGAAGCUGAUAUCUGGAGCAUCGGAGUCAUGCUAUAUAUUCUUCUUUCCGGCGUUCCUCCCUUCUGGGCAGAAAACGAACAAGGGAUUUUUAACGCGAUUUUACGAGGCCAAGUUGAUUUUUCGAGCGACCCAUGGCCUGCAAUUUCACCCGCAGCCAAGGAUCUUGUUCGGAAGAUGUUGAAUACGGACCCGAAGCAGAGACUCACUGCCUUCCAAGUUCUGAAUCAUCCGUGGAUCAAGGAGGAUGGAGAAGCGCCCGAUACACCUCUUGAUAAUGCUGUGCUCAACAGGCUCAAACAAUUCCGUGCGAUGAACAAGUUCAAGAAAGUAGCUCUUAGGGUAAUCGCUGGAUGCUUGUCGGAGGAAGAGAUCAGGGGCUUGAAGGAGAUGUUCAAGGGAAUGGACAUUGAUAACAGCGGCACGAUAACUCUCGAGGAGCUCAAACAAGGUCUCUCCAAGCAAGGGACUAAGCUCUCCGAGUAUGAAGUGAAACAAUUAAUGGAAGCCGCCGAUGCUGAUGGGAACGGAGCAAUAGACUAUGACGAGUUUAUCACGGCGACAAUGCACAUGAACCGAAUGGACCGAGAGGAACAUCUUUACACCGCUUUCCAGUAUUUCGAUAAAGAUAGCAGCGGAUACAUUACGACCGAGGAACUAGAGCAAGCUCUUCGAGAGUACGGGAUGCAAGACGGGAGGGACAUCAAUGAAAUCAUUUCAGAAGUCGAUGCCGAUAAUGAUGGACGGAUCAAUUACGAAGAAUUUGUGGCAAUGAUGAGAAAAGGGAAUCCCGAGGCGAACCCGAAGAAGCGACGGGACAACGUGUUUGUAUGAUGCUAAAUUAAUGAAAAACUGACCAAGUGUAUAAUAUGGAUUAAUUGAAGGGCAUUCAACAGCAUCCAUAUAAUUAGGGGAGGGGUAGUGAAGGGUAAGUUGUAUGCUUAAAUGUCAUAUUUACAUUAUGGGAGGAUAGUUCACUGAAACUGGUGACUUUGAUGAUCCAAGCCGGGAAAAUUAAAAUGUAAAUUAUAUGCUAUUUAGCUUAUGGAAAAUGGAGAAUUUGGGAGAUGGA